AACUUUAAAAAAAAGGCGAACUUAAUCUAACGAUAUAAAAAAUAUUUAUUUUCAAAAAAAAAAAAAAUUCACAAUCUAUCAAUCAAAUGCAAUCAUACCAGUAUAUAUUUAUGGUUCAAAUAGUUAAACGAAUCAGUUUAUCUCUUUCUAUUUUCAUUUCAUUUCCAUUUGCUAUUUAUUAUUUUUAAAGAUUGCGUGCAAAGGAAGCCUAAUUUGCUUAGCACAUGAUCCAAAGUGGAAUUAAGCUUAAACGAUCGAUGGCCGAUAAGAGAGUCCCGAGCGAAGGAAGAAUGCGAAGCAAGUACGGCCUGGUGUACAAGAUGGUACAUAAGCCGGAUGGGUUUGUCUCGUGUUCCAAGUAUUACAAGAGCGAUGUCCACGUGUCGAGACUGUCAAUUCGUAAUGUUGCGCGCGACGAGCAUCUUCGUUCACAUUCGCCUAUCUUCGGCCACCGGGUUUUUCCCCUUCCUUCCUCACCUUUUUCAUGGGAACGUUGACUUCGAGGCGUGGCGCCGGAACUCGAGAAACGUCCUAGCCCGACGACCUCCUCGGAAAUUACAAAAAGAAAUUCGAACGUGCCGAGUAAGCAGGAAACUAGAAACUGAACUUAUAAACAUAUUAUUGAUCGGUGACCACUAGUGCGCCAGCGCAGCGCAAUCCUAAGGGCAAAACAGUAGCAAUCUACCCUCAUUCACGUUUUGUACAGUGUUCUUGUGUCGUUCCAUCGUCCAUUCGCCGCUUCUAAUUUGACACUUUCAAAGUGUCAUCGCGCGUGGCUAACAUGUCCGGUGACAGGGACUAUAUUGGAUUUGCAACAUUACCCGAGCAAGUGCACAGAAAAUCGGUUAAAAGAGGAUUCGAGUUCACUCUGAUGGUGUUAGGAGAAAGUGGCCUUGGAAAAUCUACUUUAAUAAACAGUCUCUUCCUCGGAGAUCUUUACAAAGACCGACGAAUUCUUGAUGCAGCUGAACGCAUUGAAAAAACAACAACGAUAGAAAAGAAGACAAUGGACAUAGAAGAACGUGGAGUGAGGCUACGUCUAACGAUCGUUGAUACACCAGGAUUUGGCGAUGCAGUAAAUUGUGAUGACACUUGGAAAGCAUGUUCAGCCUAUAUCGACGAACAAUUUCGACAAUAUUUCACAGACGAAAGUGGAUUAAAUAGAAAGAAUAUUCAAGACAAUCGAGUACAUUGUUGCUUAUAUUUUAUACCUCCUUAUGGUCACGGACUUAGACAAAUUGAUCUGGAAGUAUUGAAACGAUUACAUCGUAAAGUAAAUGUUGUCCCUGUAAUUGCAAAGGCGGACACAUUGACUACUUACGAAGUAAAAAAAUUAAAAGAACGAAUUCUUACUGACAUCGAAGAACACGAAAUUCAGAUAUAUCAAUUUCCGGAUUGUGAUAGCGAUGAAGAUGAAGAAUUUAAGCAACAAGAUAAAGAGCUUAAAGCAUGCAUUCCGUUUGCUGUAGUCGGUAGUUCAACAGUGCUCGAAGUCGCGGGAAAGAAGGUUCGUGGUCGUCAAUAUCCUUGGGGAGUGGUAGAAGUGGAAAACCCGAAGCACAGUGAUUUCGUGAAAUUAAGGACAAUGCUGAUAUCUACACACAUGCAAGAUCUGAAAGACGUCACACAAGAUGUACAUUAUGAGAAUUUCCGGGCACAAUGCAUUUCACAAAUUUCACAGCAAGCUAUUCGGGAACGGAGGUAUUUACGCAUUAAACUGAAAAGAGAUUCGGGUCCACACUUCGAAAACAGUAUAUCAGACACAGAUAGACUACUUUUGCAGAAAGACGAGGAGAUAAGAAGAAUGCAAGAUAUGCUUGCACAAAUGCAAGAAAAAUUAAAAGCUACAGGACAAGUUGGCCCAGGAAUUGGUCUCAGAGGAAGAGUCGGCAGUCUUGGAAAUGAUUUAGAUGCCACGGAUGUCGAAAAGAAACGCAACAGUAUUAUAGAUGUUUAAACUCUUAAUUAUAAUGCUAGCAUAUAUUAUUAUUGUUGUAAUUUCAUUAUAUCGAAUUUUUGGUUCUAUGUAAUGCGCACAAGAUUGUCGAAACGUGUUUCAAAGGACGAAAAAGUUUUAUACGAAUCUAUAGGAGUAUUAUUGAUGCAUUAUUAAAUUAAUCAUUAGGUAGUUAAUCAUGUUUACGAAGUUUUUACUUUUAUAUUUAUACUGCUUGUAUAGUAGUUAGAAUAUUAUCGUGUCACGUAAACUAUGUUUUAAUAUCAUUCACGAUAUGAAAAGAUUGUAUUUGUAUCAUGCUGUAUUUAUAAAGAUGAAAAUAAUAGUAAAAGUAAAUUAUGACAUAAAAUAUGACAAAAGUAUGACAUAAGAGAAAAAAGAAUACGAACCAUUUUCUUUUUCUUUGUUAAUU